UGCCGUAACUGAACUGGAAGUAGGAACACUGGAACACUGAACAGAACGAAAACAAUCAUCUUCAAGUUUAAACAUAGUGCGGUGUUUUGUACUCGUAAUAAAUUGUAUACGAUUUCUACUCAAAGUAAGUUGUGCACUCGUAUUUAAUGUUGAAAUGGAUAAUAAACUACCUAAUGACAAUGUCGGUUCAGUUGGAUUAGAUGUCCAAAAGCUAGAGUAUAUAGAUGUGUGUGAUUUAACCAAUGAUAGCGAUGACGCCGAUGAGAGACCUGAAAUGUAUUAUCAGUUACUUGAUUUGUUUCCUGAAAUAGACCACAAGUAUUUAAGUGAUUUGUGUGAAACACAAGAUGACAUAACAGUUAUUACAGAAACCAUACUGGAAACGAACAAUAACUAUCCUAAAAUUAUACAACAAACUACAACCCAAAAAGACUCUACUACAGCCUUCAAUUUAAUUAAUUUUCUUAAAAUUUACCAAGACCCAUUUGGGUAUUUUUUGGAUGAGAAACGAAAAUGCAAAUUCACCAAGGAAGCAGUAGAAUUCAUGAAAAAAAGAUACAAAUACCAGGCUCUCAAGAUCAUCCUCAAAAGUUAUAAAAACUUUGGUUUUAACCUUGCAAGAACAUGUGAAUUCCUUGAGUCUGCUAAACGUUCAAGAUCAACCAAAAGAGCCGAGGCGGAUAUAAACAUGCCAGAGACUUUCAAUCUACCUUUCCUGCAAGAGAUGUCUUUUGUAGAGCACAGGGAAGAAAUCAAGAUUUACUUGGACGGUAUUGCUGAAUCAAAGAAACUUGCUUAUGAACAGGCAGAAGCCAGGGGUGAGCUCGUAGAGUGUGGCUGCUGCUACAGUUCCGUCAUCUUCGAGGACUGUGCAACUUGCAACGAGGGUGAUCUCUUCUGUAAAUCGUGCAUCCUUAAGAGUACAGAGGUGAGGAUCGGAGACGGCCACACAACGUUCCCCUGCCUUUCGGACUGUGGCUCUCAUUUCUCACUCAAUUUGCUUCAGAACCUGCUUGAGGCACGUGCAUUCGCCAAGCUCCUCCAACGUAUCCAGCUGGAUGAGGUGAAGGCUGCGGAGAUUGAAGGUUUGGAGAUGUGUCCAUUUUGUGAGUUCGCUACCAUCCCCCCUCCCGAAACCAAUAUCUUCACCUGUCUUAACCCUGAGUGUCUCAGAGAAUCAUGCAGGAAGUGCCACAAAGUCAGUCACAUUCCGCAACGUUGUGAAGAGGUUGAGGAUGAUGAGCAGACUCGGGCUCGCAAAUACAUCGAGGAUGAGAUGACAAAGGCUUUGGUCAGGGAGUGUUACAAGUGUAAGAAGAGCUUCAUCAAGGUCGACGGCUGCAACAAGAUGACCUGCACAUGUGGUGCUAAGAUGUGCUACAUCUGUCGGAAGCCUAUCACUGACUACAAUCACUUUAAUUCGCCCGGAGACACCGUCAUGCCUAACAAGUCAGUGUUACACGUAAAUGUUCUAAUUUUUUUGUUAUUAUCGUCCUAUAUGUCAUUUAGCUGAGGAACAUUUCAUUGC